AUGAAUUCAAAAAUUAAAGGUAUAACGGAUGAUAUAACAUCAAUUCCACCAGAAGAACAAAGAUAUUACGCAUUAAAUGCAUUUCCUAAAGUUUUGAAGAUUGGAAGAUUUAAUUUAAAUGAGGAAUUCAUAAAAGGUUUCCUUAAUGACAUAAUGAAGAAGGCAGAUAAUGAAUAUGUCAACAGUGAAUUAAUGAAGAAGGCAAAUUUGGUUUAUGUUGAUGAAAAAGAUAAUGAAAUUAAAGAAAGGGUUGAAUGGUAUCAUGAAUGGACAUCAAAGAUUUUAAAAACUAAAGCUGAUACAGGAUGGGUUUCAGGAUGUUUAGACCUUAAAGCAGAUAAAACUUAUGUUAAUGGUGAGUUAGAGAAGAAGGCAGAUAAUGAAUAUGUCAACGAAAUAUACCAAAGUUUGAUAGGAACAACUAAAAAUAUUGAAACUAUUGUUGGUGACUUUUCUGUCAAUGAAGAAAAUAAAUAUUUUAGAUGGCAAUUGGUACAGUCCUUAAAAAAUGGUGCACGGUGUAAACUCAUUCCGAAAAAUAACAAUGAAAUGUAUGUAAGCUAUAUAAAGAAUAAUGGUACACAAGUUAAAGUUCCAUUAGACAACAACUGCUACUUAAACUUAUAUGGAGACGAACAAAAGAAAUAUUUAAGAGUUUAUGAAAUGACAGAUAUGACAUUGCCUCACCCAGCUCCAGCACCAUAUUAUUAUGACUAUGGAGAUGACGACAGAACACCACAUGUAGAUGAACAAAAGCUAACAUUAUAUUUAGAUUAUUAUAGAUAUAAAAGAUAUAAUGCAAUAGAAAAAACGAGAAUAGUAUAUUAUUAUACAGAUGACAAAAAUAAAUAUUAUAGUCAAGAUUUUACCUACCCUGAAAACAUAAGAUUAUAUUAUAAAAAAUAUUCUGACACAAACCAGAAGAAACCUGAAAUAGUUGCACUAUAUUUUAAGUUCAAAAUAGACAAUCCUAUAUUAUCUCAUAUGUUUGAUUUAAUGAACCCAGU